GGGACGUUUUGUGCUUCCAAAGGAGGGAAAGUUGCGCUUCCCGCCUCUCGUUAUCCUUCCUGCGCAGUUAAAUGACUUUAACCUCUGAAACUGAAAUUAGCUGCUCGAUUAGCUUCAUCAAGUGACAUUAAAAUGGGGUAUCUAAAACAAAUAGAUAUUGAAAACUUCAAGUCAUGGCGAGGGAACACAGUCAUCGGUCCGUUCAUGAGAUUUAAUUGUAUAAUUGGAACAAACGGCUCCGGCAAGUCCAAUGUGAUGGACGCCCUGAGCUUUGCCAUGGGGGAGCGGGUUGCCUAUCUCCGGGUGAAGCACCUCAAGGACCUGAUAUAUGGAGCCCACAUCGGGCAGCCGGUGGUCGACACUGCCCGCGUCGCCCUGCGGUACUGCGACGACGAGGACCAGGAGACUGUCUUCUGUCGGACCAUCUUAGAGAACUCUUCUGAGUAUCGCAUCAAUGGUGUCCGUGUCUCUCUGGCCAAAUACCUGGAGGAGUUGGAGAAGAUCGGCGUUGUGACCAAAGCUAGAAACUGUGUGGUGUUCCAGGGGGCAGUGGAGUCCAUCGCACUGAAGGACCCAAAGGAGAGGACCAAGAUGUUCGAGUGGAUCAGUCAGUCAAGAGAGUAUGCUGCAGAGUAUGAUGUGAAGAAAAAGGCCAUGCUGAAGGCCAAAGAGGACACACAGUUUCACUUCAACAAGAAGAAAUUUGCUUCUGCCGAGAGGAAACAGGUGUCCCAGGAAAAAAUAGAGGCCCAGAAGUACCAGGCGCUGUUGGACGACCUCCACCAAAACCGCCUGCAGCUGAGUCUGGCUGAGCUCUACUCUAAUGAGAAGGGCAUCAACGCUGUCAGCAACAACCUGAGAGAGAAACAGCAGGCUGCGGCUGCUAAGAACAAUAAAGUGGUGAACGCGGAGCAGACGGUCAAAACCGACAAGAAGGAACAUGGACGACUCACCAGAGAGCAACAGCACAUAGAGAAGGAGAUCCGCGCCCAGGAGCAAAUCCUGUCCCAGUGUCGGUCCCAGUACAUCAAAGCCAAGGUAAACACCUUCCAUCACAUGACGAAGGCGGACGAGGUCCGUAAUGCCCUGAGGAAGAGUAGGAAGCAGAUGGCUGGUAAAGAGCAGGAGCUAGCAGACGGACAGCAGGAGAUCUCUGAGCUGGAGAGGACCUGGAGGAACUAUGAGAAGCAGGUCCUGGAGAAGGGAGCCUCCCUGGAGAGAGACAUCGAGCUGGAUGAGGAUCAGUUAGAGCGAUACAAAGAGCUGAAGGAGCUGGCCCGAAAGCAGGGGGCUGUCCUCAGCCAGCAGGCAGAGAAAGUGCACUGGGAGGUGAGAGCAGACAACGAGAAGAUGGCUUUCGACCAGCGCCGCAAGAAGGAAGUGGAGGUUGGCAUCAGGAACCACCAGACUCAGCUGGAAGAUUUGACACGCAGAACAGAGAAGCUAGAGGAGUACACCAAGUCCUGCGAGUCGUCCCUUGAAGAGUACCGUCAGCGGGAGGAGAGCCUCAGUGCAGAGCUGCAGCGGGGCCGCCAGCGCAGCGAGGAGGUGAACCAGGAGCUUGGCCAGGUGCUGGACGAGCUGGGGAACGCCCAUCUGGACAGCCAGGAGAGCAGAAGCCAGCUGAAGCGCAAAGAGCUGCUGGAUAGGCUCCGCAGACUCUACCCUGAAGCUGUGUUUGGCCGUCUGUCUGACUUGUGCAGCCCCAUCCAUAAGAAGUACCAACUGGCUGUCAUCAAGGUGUUUGGCCGCUACAUGAACGCCAUCGUAGUGUCCACAGAGAAAGUGGCCCGUGACUGUAUCAGUUUCAUCAAGGAGGAACGAGCCGAACGUGAGACCUUCCUGCCCAUUGACUACUUGGAUGUGAGUCCUCUGAGUGAGCGGCUGAGGGAGGUGCCCGGUGCCAAGAUGGUGACCGAUAUUGUACAGGUUAACGCUGCCACAGGUGCCGCCCAGCUGAGGAAAGUGGUGCAGUUUGUCUGUGGCAACGCUUUGGUGUGUGAGACCAUCAAAGAAGCAAGGAGUGUGGCCUUUGACGGAGCAACUCGCAUUAAGACGGUAUCUCUGGACGGGACGUUGUUUACAAAGGCAGGCGUGAUCUCUGGAGGCUCCAGUGACCUGCGGACCAAAGCUCGCUGCUGGGACGAGAAGGACAUGAUGCGGCUGAAGGAACGCAAGCACCAGCUGACAGCAGAGAUACGCGAUUUGAUGAGGCUGAGGCGGAAGGACUCAGACCUGAAACAGAUCAUUGCUCAGGCUCAGGGCGCUCAGACCCGCCUCAAAUACUCCAAAACUGAGCUGGAAAACCUUCGGAAGAAAAACAUCCCUAAAUGUCAAGCGGAGAUUUCUCGUAUGGAGAGUGAGUUGGCAAACCUGGACUCUCAGAUCCAGAUGCAGCUGGAAGAUGUGGAGGUGAAGGAUGCAAAGAUGAGGAAGAUCAGAGACCAGAUCGACCAGAUGGAGGACUUGGUUUUUUCUGACUUCUGUGCUGAGAUCGGUGUGGACAGCAUCAGAGAGUACGAGCAGGAGCACCUGAAACAGAAGACAGAGCUUGAGAGGAAGCGGCUGGAGUUUGAGACUCAGUGCACUCGCUUGAAUGCAACACUGGAGUACGAAGAAGGACAACUGGAGCAGCAGAAGAAGAAGCUCCACCAAAUGCAGGACAUCUUCGACAAGGAGGAGAGAACCGUGGCCGAGCAGAGGAAGGAUGAGGAGAAGAUGCUGACGGAGGUGGAGGAGGGUCAGAGCAAACUGCUGGAGCUGAAGAACCAGCUGCUGUCUAAGAAGAGCCAGGUGGCUGCUGCCAAAGUUGAGCUGGACCAGAAAACCCAGAGCCUCAAAGAGAUCAACAGAGAGUUGGUGAAGCUUCAGCGAGAGGUGAUGUGUGCAGAGACGGCCUUGGAGCAGAAACGCUUGGCCAGACACAACUUGCUGCUGGCCUGCAAGAUCCAGAGUCUGCCCCUCACUUUGCUGUCAGGGAGCCUGGAUGAAAUCAGUGAGGUGCAGCUGGACACAGAAUCUGAAGGCACUUCAACCAGCAUGCACAUCUAUGAGAGGGAGGCACAAGUAGUUAUCGACUACUCUGGCCUGGACGCAAAAAUCAGGAGGCUGCAGGCUGAGGAGGAGGUGGAGGCCUUCUUGGAGAGGCUGAAGGAGUCGAUCUCCUCCACAGAGGGAGUGCUGCAACGCACCACAACCCCAAACCUGAAAGCUCUGGCAAAGAUGAGGGAGGUGAAGGACAAGUUACAGGGAGUGACAGACGCGUUUGAUGCCAGCACCAAAGUAGCCAAAUCAUGCAGUCGGGAGUUUGAGAAAGUCAAAGACCAACGCUUGAACCUCUUCAUCCAGUGCUUUGAACAUGUGUGUGUCGUUAUCGAUCAGAUCUAUAAAAGAAUGUGCAGGAACAACAGCGCCCAGGCCAUUCUGAGUGCAGAGAAUCCAGACGAGCCAUACCUCGGCGGCAUCAACUACAACUGCGUAGCGCCGGGGAAACGCUUCAUGUCCAUGGAGAAUCUGUCUGGUGGAGAGAAGGUCAUCGCUGCCCUCGCCCUGGUGUUUGCCAUCCACAGCUUCCGCCCAGCUCCCUUCUUCAUCUUGGACGAGGUGGAUGCAGCGCUGGACAACACUAACAUUGGCAAGGUGACCAGUUUCAUCAGAGAGGAGUCCAGGGAGAACAUGCAAAUCAUUGUCAUCUCCCUGAAAGAGGAGUUUUUCUCCAAGGCCGACGCUUUGCUGGGAGUCUACUCAGAUUUCACUCAUGCAGAAAGCAUGUACAGCAGCACUUUGACCCUGGACCUGCGACCCUACCCUCUGCUUGAAGAGGACAACGGGAAACAGGCGGACACGGAGAAGACUUGAGUAGCCUGGAAAGACCUGCAUCAAGCCCCUCGUAUUUAUGUCUCUUGCAUUUUUGUUCUUGGAGCAUAUCAGUUGUUCUCAGUGUUUUCGCCUUUUGACUUGAUGUACAGGAAAAGCACUUAUCUUAAACACAAAAUGGUGAUUUCUAUGUUCAAUUAUAGGCUGUUUUACUAAAUAGAUUUUACUUAAAAAGAAGUUUAUGAGCUUGUUCUGUGUUUAUAUCUACCUAUAUAUGCGUGUUUUAUCAAUAACAAGUCCAACAAAGACAGUCUUAAAUACAGCAGUGUUACUCCUACAAAUCGUUAGAAGGCAAAUACAACAGCCUUAAAAGAGAACUCUGUUCAUGUUUCUAAAAUGUUGAUGUUGUUUAUGUCUGUUAAUUAUACAGUUGGUAUAUUACUUGUUUUUAUACUUGUUAAUUUUAAAAGAGUUUUGUAUUACAGUUGUGCUUUUAAGCGUGACUUUUGUGCUGUUCAUUAAAUCUACAGAGUUAAAGAUG